AUGCCAGCGCUGAAGAACAUUGAACUAUUUUACUUCCCCCUGAACUGUACUUCGAUUCUUCAGCCAUUAGAUAUGGGGAUAAUUACGAACUUUAAGACGAAAUACUGUUCACGUUUAGUUCAACACGUGAUCACAAACAUAGAAAGAAAUGUGAGAAAUCCCUACAGUUUCAAUGUGAAGCUGACUUGUGACACAGCUGCUGGUUCCUGGAACAGUGUACAGCCAAAUGUGAUUGUGAACUGCUGGAAAACUACAAGAAUUUCCGAAAGUGAAGAUGUUGGUGAGAAUGUUUUGGUGGAUGAAAUAACGCAGGAUGAUAUUCCAAGUGAACUGGAGAUUUAUUUAGCAGUUACUGGUAAAACCAUAGAUGCUUCAGUUGUUGAAUAUUUGUCAGUGGAUGAUGAGGCGUUAGUGUUUGAAGCAUAUACCGACGAAUCUAUCAUCGAGUUGUUACAGAGUAAUUCGUCUGUUUAA